UUCUGCUGACCUGGAGACCUUCCACCAUGAAGCACCUCCUCUUUCUCCUGCUCUCCUGCCUGGCUGCAGUAAGGUCAGCCCCAGCUGACACGGACCACGUGAGGUGGUGCGUCAAGUCUGACAAAGAGUACCAGAAAUGUUUGGACCUCGCAGCCAAGGCGCCGGUGUUCUCCUGUGUGAAGAAGACCAACUCACUGGAUUGCAUCAUUGCUAUUCAUGCUGGUAAUGCCGAUGCAAUCACAUUGGAUGGAGGAGACAUCUACACCGCUGGGCUGAAGAACUACAAACUGCAUCCCAUUAUUGCUGAGAACUAUGGCCCCACAUCAGAGGGCUGUUACUACGCUGUGGCUGUGGUUAAGAAGGGCACAGGAUUUGGUAUCAGAGACUUGGAACAGAAGCGAUCCUGCCACACCGGUUUUGGAAAAUCUGCCGGCUGGAACAUUCCCAUUGGAACGCUGGUGUCGAUGGAUAUACUGAAGUGGCGUGGCAUUGAGGACAAAUCAAUUGAGGAGGCGGUGGCUAGCUUCUUCUCUAAAAGCUGCGCCCCUGGAGCGUCGUACGCCGCCCUGUGUAAAGGCUGCAAGGGAGACUGUUCGCGGUCCCACAAAGAGCCUUUCUAUGACUACAGUGGUGCCUUCCAGUGCUUGGUCGAAGAUGCCGGAGAUGUUGCUUUUGUGAAACAUCUGACUGUGCCAGUUAGUGAAAAGGCCAACUAUGAGCUGCUGUGCCUUGACAACACCAGGGCGCCCAUAGAUAGUUUCAAAACAUGUCACCUGGCCAGAGUACCAGCUCACGCCAUUGUCACCCGCAAGGACCCAGAGCUGGCUGACUUGAUCUGGAGAAGCCUCAAUGCAGUGCGGAAAGAGGACUUCAAUCUGUUCUCCUCUGAGGCAUACGCGCCUGCCAAGAACCUGAUGUUUAAAGAUUCUACUGUGAACCUUGUCCAGCUGCCUGCCAACACAAACUCCUUUAUGUAUUUGGGUGCCACGUACACCGGCACAGUGCGCUCGCUGACAAAAGAGGUCAGUAUGGCAGACACUUCCGGCGCCAUCACAUGGUGUGCUGUGGGUGCCGCUGCAACAAGCAAAUGUGACAAAUGGAGUUUUCACCCUUUGGCGGAUGAAGACAACAAAAUUGUUUGCCAGGAAGGCGCCACAGUUGAAGCAUGCUUGAAAAUGAUCAUGCGCAAAGAGGCUGAUGCGAUGGCGAUUGACGGAGGAGAGGUGUACACAGCUGGAAAGUGCGGUUUGGUUCCAGCCAUGGUGGAGCAGUACGAUGAAGAAAUGUGCAACAAAGCUGGAGCCUCAGCCUCCUCCUACUUUGCCGUUGCUGUGGUCAAGAAGGGCUCAGGAGUGACCUGGGAAAACCUGAGGGGGAAGAAGUCCUGCCACACUGGCUUUGGACGAACAGCUGGUUGGAACAUCCCCAUGGGUAAAAUCCACAGACAGACUGGUGACUGUGACUUCAGCAAGUUCUUCAGUAGCGGCUGUGCCCCUGGAGCACCGGCCGACUCCCCGUUCUGUUCUCAGUGUGCCGGCAGUGGCAAAAGUGUGGCUGACGAGUUCAAGUGCAAAGCCAGUUCUGAGGAGAGAUACUACGGUUAUGCUGGGGCCUUUAGAUGUCUUGUUGAUGGCGCUGGUGAUGUCGCCUUCAUUAAACACACAACUGUUCAAGAAAACAGUGAUGGAAAUGGUCCAAAAUGGGCUAGCGCUAUCUCCAGCAGCGAUUAUGAACUAAUCUGCCCCGGGAAGCAGUCCGUUCCAGUCACACAGUUUCAAGAUUGUCACCUGGCAGCCACCCCAGCACAUGCUGUUGUGACCCGUCCAGAGACCCGCAAUGAUGUCGUCCGCGUACUCCAGGACCAGCAGGCCAAGUUUGGUAGUGGCAGCACUGCCACUUUCAAAAUGUUUAAUUCGGAGGGGGGACAGAACCUUCUCUUCAAGGACUCUACAAAGUGUCUCCAAGAAGUUCCUGCUGGGUCCAGUUAUGAGCAGUUCUUGGGAGCAGAGUACAUGAAUGCCAUGAACUCACUGAGGCAGUGCAGUGACACCGCUUUAGAUUUGGAAAAACUGUGCGCUUCCCAUAACUGUCAGUCAACAAACUAGAUGGCUCUUCAGUUGACGCAAACUCCUGUUCCACCGCCACUGCAUUGUGAAUUUUCUUUCUGAUCAUGCUGUAGAACUGUUCACAUGCAAAUCAACAAUCAAGCCAGCGAGCAUAUCCACGAAUGCAACACAUUACAUGAUACUGGAUUAUCAUUUCUUUUCUAACAUGUACCAUAUUUGACAAAUAAAGUCCUUUCAAUGCCAUAUGGAUUCCUGUUUUG